AUGGCGCUCCCUGAGAUCAGAUUGACUGGUUGGGCUACACGGGAUGUUCGAUUUCCGACCUCGCUCGACAAAACCGGCUCAGAUGCUAUGAACGCAGCAGGGGAUUAUUCAGCCGCGUAUUGCAUUCUUGAAACUGAUUCAAGUGUCCAAGGCCAUGGGAUGACCUUUACGAUUGGCCGCGGUAACGACAUCGUCUGCCGAGCCAUCGACCACACCUGGCGCCAUCUUGUCAACGAUAGCCAACUUCGAUGGAUCGGCCCGGAGAAGGGCGUCAUCCAUCUAGCUCUUGGCGCCGUUGUGAAUGCCAUAUGGGAUCUUUGGGCCAAAGUCCUGGGCAAGCCUGUGUGGAGAGUAGUAGCGGAUAUGAGCCCAGAAGAAUUUGUGCGGUGCAUCGACUUCCGCUACAUUACCGACGCUAUCACCCCCGAGGAGGCGAUUGACUUGCUUCGUGCAUCUGAAGAAGGCAAGGCUCAAAGACUAGAGGACGCCCUCAAUAGCCGUGCCGUGCCAGCAUACACCACUAGCGCCGGGUGGCUCGGAUAUGGCGAAGAGAAGAUGAAGGAUCUUCUUCGUGAGACUCUAAACAGUGGUUACAAACAUUUCAAGGUCAAGGUUGGGGGUAGUGUCGAAGAGGACCGGAGAAGACUGGGUAUCGCUAGGGAGAUUAUAGGCUUCGACCAGGGCAAUGUGCUGAUGGUGGACGCCAACCAAGUUUGGUCCGUACCUGAGGCUAUCGAGUAUAUGGCACAGCUGGCGGAUUUCAAACCUUGGUUCAUCGAAGAGCCGACCUCUCCCGAUGACAUCGCUGGCCACAGGGCUGUGAGAGACGCUCUCAGGCCGUACGGAAUUGGUGUUGCGACGGGCGAGAUGUGCCAGAACCGUGUCAUCUUUAAGCAGCUCAUUGUAUCGGGCGCUAUAGACGUGUGUCAGAUCGACGCUUGCCGCCUUGGAGGUGUGAAUGAGGUUCUCGCCGUGCUGUUGAUGGCCAAAAAGUUUGGUGUGCCACACCUUAGCACCAUUGAUUAUGUCGCCGUUAGCGGCAAGCUUUCGGUGCUCGAGUUUGUCGACCAUCUCCAUGAGCACUUUUUACACCCAGCCUUGAUCAAGGAUGGGUAUUACCAGACCCCGAUGGACCCGGGAUAUAGCGUUGAAAUGAAGACAGAGAGCAUGGAUCGCUACGAGUAUCCAGGUGCGGCGGGGGUUAGCUGGUGGACAACAGAUGAGGCAAGAAUCAUCUUGGACGGUGAGAAGCUCUAG